CGAGAACUUAUCGCAUUUGGGUUUCUGAAAAUUACCCCUGAGCCUGUAUCGGCUGGAAACGCCCCUGUUUGGGCCCGAACCGCUCCUGUGCGCAUGUCGAGCGACCUACACACAAAAAGCACUAAACAGGCCAGAAUCCGAAUCCGAACACGAGCACACGACUCACCCAUAUAUAUUCAUAUAUAUAUAUACAUAUACACUGCACCACCGACCGCUGAGGAGUUGGCGCGGUUCUCGGUGGUUAGUUGAGCGUUUGGUGGCACUGCGAGCGGACGGAGAGCGUUGCGGAAAAGCAAACAAGCAGAAAAGCGGAAAAGCUGGCCACUGCGACAAAGGUUAAGCAGCGACCAACACAAAACGACAACAAAGGGAAACGCAUCUAAGCUGGAAGAGAGAUCCGAAAAAACCAGCCCAGACCAACGCACUUUGGGUUUCUUUGUCACGAUCUUUUUUUUAUACAUCGAAGCACGUCGAAAUAAAAAAGACUCAAAUUAGUGCGCAAUAAUUAACAGAAAAAAACAAACAACGAACGCGAAACGUGCGCAAUAAUUUGUUUAAAAUCAAUGAAGACUGCAACUGCGCAAAACUGAAAAAUUGCAUCACAGCCAGCACAGAACGGGCCAGGAAAAGUUUAUGAGCGAGGAAAAGUGGAAAAUCAAUAAGGGGCACAAUAGGAAAACCCCGAAUAUAUAGGGGACUAGAACCCAUAUACUAUAUACCCAAUCCUACAGAGAAGUGCAUUCGCCAUGCCUUCCCUUUUGGAGGCGCUGGAGCGCAAGUACUUCGCGGAAUGCGAGUUCGAGAAUGCCCACGAACCGGAACUCCACAAGCGGAGAGACCUGCCCAAUGACUUUACGGUCACCAAGUGCGGCGGACGCAUGGAAUUCUCCAUCUUCAUACCGCGUCUGUCGCCCCUGACCAGUGUCCCAGCCCUGCUGGUGCUCAACGACUGCGACAUCGACUCGGCCGGGGACUUCGAGAGCAUCCGGGAGAAGUGCCAGCGGGUCAGGGAACUGGAUCUGGCCCAGAACAAGCUGAGCGACUGGUCGGAGGUCUUCAGCAUACUGGAGCACAUGCCGCGCAUCGAGUUCCUCAACCUGAGCAAGAACCAGCUGGCCAGUCCGAUUAGCUCGCUGCCCACGGCGCCAACGAUUAAUCUGAAGAGCCUGGUGCUGAACGGCACCUAUCUGGACUGGGCCUGCGUGGACUCGCUGCUGAGGAAUCUCCCCGUUCUGCAGGAACUGCAUCUCAGCCUGAACAACUACAAGCAGGUCUUGAUAGAUGCCGAGGAAGCGGAACAGCGCCUGCAGGAAACGGAAACGCCUGAGGAAACGGAGUUGCGCAUCACCAAAGCCCAUCCCGCUUUAAAGACCCUGCAUUUCACUGGCAAUCCCGUCGAACACUGGCAGGAGAUAUGUCGACUGGGCCGGUUGUUUCCCAAUCUGGAGGCCCUGGUCCUCGCCGACUGUCCCAUACGAUCGCUGCAGGCCGAGGAGAACAGCGACACCCAUAGGUAUUUCCCCAGUCUGAGGCUGUUGAACCUCAGUUCCGCGCAGCUCGACAGCUGGACGGCCAUUGAUCAGCUGGCCAAGUUUGGGCAGCUCCGCAAUCUGCGGGUAAAACACUGGCCGUUGUGGGAGAGUCUGGAGUGCACGGAGCACGAGCGCAGGCAGCUUCUGAUAGCCCGACUGCCUAAUGUUGAGAUGCUAAAUGGGGGCGGCAAGAUCAGCAACGAUGAACGCGUGGACUCCGAGCGGGCCUUCGUCAGAUACUAUAUGGAUAAGCCGGAGGACGAGCGGCCGGCACGCUACGAGGAGCUCCAGCAGAUCCACGGCAAGCUGGAUCCUCUGGUCAAUGUCAGCCUGAAGCCGGACAAGCGGGUCAAGGUCCUGUUCACCUACAACGAUGUGAGCGAGAGCCGGUUCGUGGACAUCUACCUGACCGUCAACGAUCUGAAGGCCAAGCUGGAGAAGCUGGUGGGCUUGUCGCCCAACAAGAUGCGCCUGUACUAUCUGGACCAGGACUACAAGGAGUUCGGGCCCGAGGAGAUGCGGUUCCCCAACAAACAGCUGUACAGCUACAACAUACAGUCGGGCGACGAGAUCAUCAUCGAUGCCAAGAAGUGAGAUGGGGUCACCAGGUUUCUGGAGAGGAACCCGAACCCCGAACCGCGCUUCGUCCCCCGCCUGGUGCUACAACUUGUGAUCUUGUGCACGAAUCAUUUAUACCUAUCGUACUUUACUGCUACUGUUAACGCUGUUCUGUUCUCCCCAGCGAGCCCCUGUGUAAAUACGUUCUGUAAAACGGCCAAGCGAGCAUUGCGCACCCACAUCGUAUAUUUUAAUUACUGCCUAACCUAAGCCACACAUACAAAAAUACAACACACAAAACAAAAAAAGCAAGAAUGCAUUAAACAAUUUUAAAAUUAA